AGCGAAACAAGAGGCAAGGGACUCGAACAAUCCAUUUAUUUUUUAUAUUUUUUAGUUUUUUUUUCUUCGUUUCGUCGCUUUUCCAAACAUGAAGAAGUGACAUUUUCCACGACAACAAUCAAACGCCAUCUUUUGUGCUUCGUCGUCUUUCCUCGUUUGUUUUUGUUGAAAUUCGUCAGUCUUUGAGUUAGGAAGAAAAUGUCAUGGAUAAGAACGGCUGUCAACAGAGCCGUGGAAGCAGGCGGAAACAACAACCUGACACGCACCGUAUGGAGCUACGCCGAUUCCGUUGUGCAACAUGCUGGAUCCGCCGUCGUUGGAAGUGCCAAGAUGCUCCAGGACCGCAUUGCAGCUAGGAAUAUGCAGAACUUACGGAUAACGGUGAAGAGACUUGAAGAAGUUUCGGUAUCAUGUAGAGGAAUUGAAAGGGUUCAGCUUUUAAGAAGAUGGCUCGUCGCCCUUAAAGAAAUCGACAGAUUAUUAAAUGAUCAAAACAAUAAUAAAGAAAUUAAUGAUGAUAAAAACAACGAUAAAGAUAAUAGCAGCGACACAAUCAAUAAUAAUGAUAAGGUUUAUUACUUCGAUCCUGAAAUCGGUGAACCAAUGAAUUUUCGUGAGGUUUUUCUUUACAGUCAAGCUCUUGAAGGCAUGGCAUUGUCAAUGAUUAUUGAAGCACCAAAUGACGAAGAGGUUUCACUAUUUAUGGAAAUAUUUCGGAUCUGUCUUGCAGGGGGGAAGGAAGUUCAUGAGGCAGUAAUGAGCAGCAUAAAGAAUUUAGCAAUGGCAUUUUCAAACUACCAGGAGGAAGUAUUGGUAAAACGAGAAGAGUUACUCCAAUAUGCUCAAGCUGCAAUUUCAGGGAUCAAAAUAAAUGCUGAUCUUGCAAGAAUAGAUGCUGAAACAUGCAGUCUAGAGGAAAAACUUGGAGAAAUGAAGGCACUCCAGAAAUCUUCAAGUGAAGGUCAUGAAGAAUUAUCUGAAAAACAAACUGCUGCGAUGACAGAGGCUCUUAAAGAAGCUCUUGAACUAGUAAGGCUAUAUUCCAGAUUGGAGGAAAUCUUAUUAAAGAAAAAAUCUUUAAGCAAUGGGGAUUCUCCACAAGUUCAUGCUGAAAAGGUCAACAAAUUAAAAGUUUUAUCAGAAUCUCUCAUUAACUCAACAUCCAAGGCUGAAAAGCGCAUUUUAGAGCACAGGUUUCAGAAAGAAGAAGCGCUCAGCUUUCGUGUUGCUAAAGCCAACGAAGUCAGCCAACAUGAGAAGGAACUGGAAGCAGGGAUUCGAGAGCUUGAGAAGCAAAAAGAUGAACUUGAAGCUGAACUUAAAAAGGUCAAUGCAUCACUUAUUUCUGCUCGGGCACGCCUUCGCAAUGCCAGGGAAGAGCGAGAGCAUUUUGAUGAUGCCAGUAACCAGAUUCUAUUACAACUGAAAUCAAAGGAAGAGGAAAUUUCAAAAUCGAUUGCUUCAUGUAGAGUAGAAGCAGAUGUAGUUAAUGUGUGGAUUAAUUUUCUGGAAGAUACAUGGUUUCUUCAAACUACCUACAAUGAGCAAAAGGAGAAGCAGGUCAAUGGUGAACUAGAGAGAUAUGGAGAAUAUUUUGUGAAUGUAGUCAUUCGGCUUCUAUCUGCGUACAAGGAGCAACUCAGGCCUUCCAUCUCACGAAUUAAGCACCUGGUGGAGAACUUGGGCUCAAAUGAAAGGUAUAAUGCUUUGUCUGGGGAAACAGCCAAGGAUGAAUCUCAAAAAGGUCUUAACCAAAGAAAAAAUGUUGAAGAAGAAUAUCUGAACCUUGAAUCCAAGUUUUUAACUUCCAUAAGUGUAGUGGAUUCAAUGAAAACACAGUUUCAGUCUCCAAAUGAAGGCAUUUACAGGAAAAACGAUGAAAGGGUCAAAGAGCUUUUUGAGGAUCUUCAAAGUAUAAAGGAAGAAUUUGAAUCCAUUGAGAGACCAACUUUGGUAGUUGAAACUCCAAUGCUAAAAUCAGGGUCACCACCCCGCACAAAGUCACAGAAAAGUUCAUGGUCGCGACUAAAGUCUUCCUCAAAUAAGACAUUACUGAAGAAACUGAAAAUUGAGUUGGAAAAUGAUGAUGAAGAAAGUUCAGAUUAUGAGACAGAGGAGAUUGUAGAGUGGGAGUAUGAUGCGUUUGAAAAGAUCUAAAACCCAGCAGCCGACCAACCCAACCAAAUAUUGCCUAAUUUAUCUGGUUUGUGGUGUCAUGAUAUGCCUCUGAUUGUUCCAGUGGUUUGAAGAAUUGUGUAAGAUGUCUUGUUACUUCGGCAACAGCUGCAAUUAGAGAAACUGAUAGUUCAUUGUAUUUGUAUGUCAAAUAUUGUGGUGUAGAUUCUCCAUUUUUUAUACUGAAAUGUAUAGAUUAUAGAUGACUCUGAACAAAUUUAACUUAUGUAUUCUUUAAAUCAAGCUGUUCUCCAUGUUCUUCAGGGCUCAGGCUCCAUGGUUCUAGUAAUUCCAUUCAUCAGGAAAUUUGGUUCUGUUUGAUCACGAGUAACUUACUGGACGUCGACAAUGAAAAGAUAACACUACUCAGAAUUGAUCAUAACUAUCAACAAAAACUUGAGUUCUACAAGAUAUUGAAGGAGAUUGUUUCCUGAAACUUUUACGAACAAAAUGUGCAAAACAAGAAGUACAGUGGCAAUCUGUCAAAGAGGUUGAUUGCAGUAACAGUGACAGCAUAAGGCCAUUAAUGGUGUUAUAUUAGAUUAUUUCAUCGGCUCUGACAACUCAAUAAAAGAUUGCAAUAAUUUCAAACUACUGUAGUAGUACUUAAUUGGAUUCCUGAACAUAAUGCUUCCAAAUCAAUGCUACUAAGGGUGUUUUUAUAACCCAAAACAAAAACAACUUUAUAAAGGUUAGUACCAUAAUUAAUCCACUUGUAAAGGGUGUUUCUGAAAGUGACUCCCUUGACCCAUUGGGCCUGGCCUUGAACUUUUAGAUCUCAGCUCUGAGUUGUAAUUGCAACUUUGAGUCUUUCUGGCGGUGGCUCAGAUGCCUCAGAAGGCAAAUGAUGCAGGCAUUAGAGUUAAAAGCUAAUUGCCAGGAUUGAAAGUAAGAUCCCUGUAUACAUGAACAAAGCUUUUGCUGCUCAGACCAGCAUCACGUGUUCACCUGCUUCAUUUGUUUCUGAAAAAUCGGCUUACCAUAUUUCAGAGCAGUGAUUGGCUUUGUAUCAGAUUCCUUCUUUUGAAACUUCAUUAUUUUCACCCUCAAAACGAAAAACUACUAAAAUGUGUUUACCUCAAACUCUUUUACUACAGAACUGAACUAGUGAUAGCAACCUCGACAUUUUAUUAAACUGAUGACAAUGCGCAUAUAUGUCAAGUCUAAAUUGAUAAGGCAAACUCCUAUAAUUUCUGGUUACAGGAAUAAUGUAGAAAACUACAAAGCCAAUUGUAAUGUGCUCAUUGAAUAUUGUGGCUGGUUUUGGAUCAAAGUUGGAGGAUUUUGACCAAAUUAAACAGUUAGUACAAGAGGAGACAAGCAAAAAAGCCCUCUAGCCUCGGGUAAACCGCGUCCCACCACCAAAGUUUUGGAGCUUAUACUUGUUUUUUUUUUUUUUCCCUCUCCGGGUGAAUAGAGCUUAUGCUUGUUGUUAGUGAGGUCAACAGCUGCAGCGAAAAUUUCUAAAAAUGGAACAAUAAUCAAGAUAGGAAAAGGGUUAAAAUUUCUCCCAUGCUUUGACCAAGUCAAAUGGUUGGAAUUCAGAUAUAUAGUCCCCAUAGCAAUAGGCUGAUAUAUAACGUAGCAGUUCUUGGAGAAAAUAAUUUAGCUUAAAGGCUUGGAAACUUGUAACAAUAGAAUAAUAGCUCUCCCUCUUAGGCUUUAAUUCAUUAUUGAAUUGUAAACUUGACGGUGCAAAAAACCAGGUUUUGAAAACAGGGCUGGCCUUGUGAAAUUUAAAUUUUGCUGCAGAGAAGUUUGUAGAUGUGCAAAAAACAAGUCUGUUGUAUAUAUAUAAUCCCAACGCCUGCAAUCCUUUCCCUAUUCCUAAGCCAGGAUCUCCUUUGUAAAAAAAGCAAACUAAGCCGGAGUGGCAGCGAAUGCCUAAAUCCUUGAGAAUUCCGACGUUAGAUAUACUAUCAUGCAUGUCAUGAUUUCAAAUAAGAUUCCAUCUGAGCCCUUUUGAUCUAUUCUUCUUCUACUUUCAUUUUCUUUAACACUGUUGAAGAGAUUUGUGUGUGCUGCUUACAUAGAAACUUUCAGUAAAAACAAAGGCACUGUCACCUUUCUGGUGGUGGAAGAUUCUUACCUUC